CGGAGCUCCAACCGCCUGAGCCACCGGGCCGGCCCCAACUUAUUUAAUUUUACAGAGGGAAAAAGAAAGGGUCAGAAAAGUGAGGUAAUUUGCUUAACCAACAACAUAGCUGGGAUUCACACUCAGUCCUGACUGACCUUAAGUCUGAAAUAAAAUUUCAGUUUGUUUGAAAACUUGUCCACACAUGGCUCCAAGGGUGGGGCCGAAGCAGAGAACAGGCCUGUGAUGGAACCUCUGAAGGUAAUGCUGUAAGGCCCAGCUCAGAACCUCCUGCACCCUGGGGAGGGUGUGGGGGAGUGGCCAGAGGGCAGAGCUGCCAUCCGGCCUCCUUCCCAGAGGCCCUUGCAGUAUCCUAGCUUUGUGAAUGUUUCCCUAUGGGGGCUCAUGGCCGGCAUCUCAAGUGGGGAGGUCCUUGUGCCACUUGCCUUGCAGUUUUCAGAGCUGUCCCCAGUGGGUCCAGGUGUUUGCCGACCACAGUGGCGGCCCGUUCACAUGCUGCUCUCAGACCUUGUCCUUCCUGCGAGUCCUGGCUUGUUCCAGGCCGGCGGGGAUAUCCCCAUGACUUACCCAGUAGUCAGAGUCACAGCUGGGGGCUCUGCCUGGGGGGUGGCUGGCCCCUCGGUGAGGACCCACUGCCCUCGGACUGCCACACCAGUGCACUUUGGGGACUUGGGGGUUGUACCUCUCAGGCAGGAUGCCCACUGGCUUUUGGAAAAAUUAUUAGGGCAAGAUGCUUCAGCCCAGGAAGUGCAGUGCCCCUGAAAGAAGUGGCCAGGCCCUCCUGGCUCCUGGCCCCUAACCUGUCUCUGGAACUGGAUCUGGGGAGGGAGGCACACAGGGCAGCCAGGCAGGCUGCUGGGGUGAGGGUAGGAGGCUGAGGGGCGGGUCCUGGACACGAUGGGGCUGAGGUCCCUGGAGUCGCAUGCCUACCCUACCCUUGCUCCGCUCUGUUUCUGCUCUCCGGCCCUCCUCUCCGCAUUCCCGUCCAGUCCUGACUGUGGGAGCUCUCUGCAGCCAGCCUCCCUCCUUCACGCUGGGUCUCCUUCCUUCCCACGGCAUAGUGUCACAGCCAAACUCAUCAAUGGAGGCGUGGCAGGGCUCGUGGGGGUAACCUGUGUGUUCCCCAUCGAUUUGGCCAAGACUCGACUUCAGAACCAGCAUGGGAAAGAUAUCUACAAAGGAAUGAUAGAUUGCCUGAUGAAGACAGCGAGGGUGGAGGGCUUUCUGGGCAUGUACCGAGGGGCUGCAGUAAACCUCACUUUGGUCACUCCAGAGAAGGCCAUCAAGCUGGCAGCCAAUGACUUCUUCCGGCAGCUGCUCAUGAAAGAUGGGAUGCAGCGAGACCUGAAGAUGGAGAUGCUGGCCGGGUGUGGAGCGGGCAUGUGCCAGGUGGUGGUCACCUGUCCCAUGGAGAUGCUGAAGAUCCAGCUGCAGGAUGCUGGGCGUCUGGCAGCCCUGCAGCAGAGCCCGGCCCCAGCACCUGCCUCCUGCAGGCCCCACAGCGUUGGCUCAGCUCCUGCCCACAAACGCCCAUCUGCCACCCUCAUCGCCUGGGAGCUGCUCCGCACACAGGGCCUGGCUGGUCUCUAUAAGGGCCUGGGUGCCACUCUGCUCAGAGACGUCCCCUUCUCCAUCGUCUAUUUCCCACUGUUUGCCAACCUUAACAACCUUGGGUUCGACGAGCUUGCCGGCAAGGCUUCCUUCGCUCACUCCUUUAUGUCAGGCUGUGCUGCCGGUUCCAUAGCUGCUGUCACAGUAACACCUCUGGAUGUUUUGAAAACUCGAAUCCAAACCCUCAGGAAAGGCCUGGGAGAGGACAGCUACAGCGGCAUCCGUGACUGCGCCAGGAAAGUCUGGAUCCAGGAAGGACCGUCUGCCUUCAUGAAGGGAGCAGGCUGCCGCGCCCUUGUCAUAGCCCCUCUCUUUGGGAUUGCCCAAGGGGUCUACUUCCUUGGCAUCGGAGAGCGCAUCUUAAAGUGUUUUGAGUAGGUUCUGCUGGAGCUCGGUCCCUUCACUGGCUGCCAUCCCUCCGGCCAUUGGAGGACAGCAAGCGGGCCCAGCACACAGCAUUCUGUCCUCUAACUCGUAGUGCUACCUCAGCCUCAGAAGAAACCACCUUAAUCUAAUAUGCUGGCUACAGCCCAUCCUCCCUUCAGAAGCCCGACCGCCUACUUGUCAACAACAAAAACAGUACACGCUUUGGUUGCAUUAACCGCAGGAACUUGAGACAGUAGAGAUAGAAGGGUUGUUUCUGUUUCUGUUUUCUAUUUCUAUUUCACAUUCAAUCAGCAUACCUGAGUUAGUUGGACAAUUUCGUUUUGUUAAUUCUGAAUUAAAUUACUUAUGGUUA